AUGUUCAAGGCCACCCAUGUCCCAGUAGGAGCUGAUCAAGCUCAGCAUAUGAAUCUCCUAGCCGAUCUCGCUGAUCAUUUCAAUUCUCAUUAUCAAGUUGCCUAUUUUCCCAGACCUCAACAGGUGAUACGAAAACUCUCAUCGCGUAUCCGAAGUUUACGAGAUCCCUUGAAGAAGAUGAGCAAAUCGGAGGCGAGUGCGAGGUCAAGAUUAGAGAUUAGCGACUCUGCAGAGGAAAUAGAAGAAAAGUGUCGAAAGGCAGUAAGUGACUUCGAAUCUCGUCUUACCUAUGAUCCAGAAAAACGACCGGCUAUUGCUAACUUGAUCGAUUUAUUCUGCGCGGUCACUGGAAAAGACACUGCCUACGUCUUGCAACAAAAUUGGGACCAAUUUCAUCUCAAAAAAGCGCUGUCUCAAGCGGUCAAGGAGAGAUUCCUCCCCAUACGCGAAAAGCUUCUCCGACUAGAGAAAGGAAACGAG